UUCUUUUAAGGUAUUAUCCAAAGAGAUGAGUCACCCAUGGAGAAAGGGCUCUCUGGUCUGCGAGGAAGGGACUUUGAGCUGUCUGACGUGUUUUAUUUCUCCAAGAAGGGACUGGAAGCCAUUGUGGAAGAUGAAGUGACCCAGAGGUUCUCCUCAGAGGAGCUAGUGUCAUGGAAUCUCCUCACAAGAACCAAUGUAAACUUCCAAUACAUCAGUGCGCGGCUCACCCUGGUGUGGGUGCUGGGCGUCCUGGUGCGCUAUUGUGUCCUUCUACCUCUCAGGGUUACCUUGGCUUUCAUUGGGAUCAGUUUGCUGGUUAUAGGAACUACACUGGUUGGACAGCUGCCAGACAGCAGCCUCAAAAACAGGCUGAGUGAGCUGGUCCAUCUGACUUGCUGCCGGAUCUGUGUGCGAGCCCUCUCUGGUACCAUUCAUUAUCAUAACAAGCAGCACAGACCCCAGAAGGGAGGCAUUUGUGUUGCCAACCACACCUCCCCAAUAGACGUUUUAAUCUUGACAACGGAUGGAUGUUAUGCCAUGGUUGGCCAGGUCCAUGGUGGGUUGAUGGGAAUUAUUCAGAGAGCUAUGGUCAAGGCGUGUCCACACGUCUGGUUUGAACGCUCAGAAAUGAAGGAUCGACACCUGGUUACCAAGAGACUAAAAGAACACAUUGCUGAUAAGAAAAAAUUACCAAUAUUGAUCUUUCCUGAAGGAACCUGCAUCAACAAUACUUCAGUCAUGAUGUUUAAAAAGGGAAGUUUUGAAAUUGGGGGAACCAUACAUCCAGUUGCAAUUAAGUAUAACCCUCAGUUUGGUGAUGCGUUUUGGAACAGUAGUAAGUACAACAUGGUGAGCUACCUGCUGCGAAUGAUGACCAGCUGGGCGAUCGUCUGUGACGUGUGGUACAUGCCCCCGAUGACCAGAGAGGAAGGAGAAGAUGCAGUCCAGUUUGCUAACAGGGUUAAGUCUGCUAUUGCCAUACAAGGAGGACUGACUGAACUUCCCUGGGAUGGUGGGCUGAAGAGGGCAAAGGUGAAGGACACCUUUAAGGAAGAGCAGCAGAAGAAUUACAGCAAGAUGAUCGCAGGCAAUGGGCCUCUCAGCUGAGGUGGACGAUGAUACCUUUGGAUACACUUGGCUUUCCUGAACUUGCCCUAGAAAUGCAGUGGGUUUCGGUUUGUGUUGUUGUUUUGUUUUGUUAUUGUUAAUCUUUUCUACAGAAUGAUGGUCUCUACCUGUCAGUGCCAGAGGCAGAAUCCCCAGAUGCCCCUUUUGGCUUCUGUUGUUGUAAUAACAUUAGCUCUGUGAAUUGUAGGUAGUUUAAUGAGUUAAAACAGAUUCUUUUUUUUGUAAAAUGAUGGCGUCAUUGUUGAUUGAACGAAUGUUUGUAUGGAAAAAAAAUGCUUCCAAAGUGUGUCUGAUAGGGUAAUUUCCCCCAAUC